AAUAAGACUCAUUUCAUCAUUAGCCUUAGACAGCAACAAACACACGUCAAAGCCAACAUGGUUCUCAACUUUCCAUUCUCCCGAAUGCUUUAUUCCUUCCGGCCAUGGUGCACAGCCGCAGUAAAAGGAGACAGCAUCAGCGCCAACUACUUCAUCGUAACAGCAAUCCUUCUGGUGCUAUCGACGGGGCUCCUCCUUUCCCACUUCCUCAGAAGAAAGCAGGCCCCACUCCCUCCCGGCCCAACAGGGUUGCCGCUGGUAGGUUACCUCCCUUUCCUUGGGCCUCACCUCCACCGCGAGUUCACCGCUCUCGCCGCCACCUACGGCCCAAUCUACUCGCUGCGGCUCGGGACGAAGCUCUGCGCGGUGGUCAGCUCCCCUUCCCUAGCGAAAGAGAUCGUUAGGGACAUGGACGCCGUUUUCUCCGACCGGGACCCGCCCAUCUCGGCCCUGGUGCUAAUGUACGGCGGCCAUGACGUGGCAUUCUCAAACUACGGCCCGGUCUGGAAGAAGCUCCGCAAGGUCUUUGUGAGAGAGAUGUACGGUGUGGCCAGUCGGGAGGAAUGCUAUGGACUAAGGAAGCAGCAGGUAAGAAACUCCGUCAAAGAGGUGUACAAGAGAUCUUCUGGUGCGGCGUUGGACUUCGGCGAAACAGCCUUCAAAACGACGGCGAACGCCAUUCUCAGCAUGUUGUGGGGAGGAGUGGCAGGGAACCACGAGGGCUUUUACGGUGAGCUUAGGGAGUUGGAAUCGGAGAUGCUGAUGCUGAUGGGUGCGCCGAAUGUGUCGGACUUUAUUCCGGCACUGGCCAGAUUUGAUUUGCAGGGUAUUGAGAAGAAGUCCAAGAGGUUGUUGAGCAAGUUCGACGAGAUCCUGAGCUCGGCAAUAGAGGAGCGGUUGAGAGCCGUCGAAAAGAGCGGCGGCACGGUGAGGAAGGACUUCUUGCAAGUGUUGUUGGAUUUGAAUCGCGGCGGUGGCAGCGACGGUGGCGAAACAUAUAUCUCUACCAAUCAAGUCAAAGCUCUACUGAUGGAUUUUAUGGUGGGUGGCACAGACACAACGUCGACCAUGAUGGAGUGGACGAUGGCACAACUAGUUAAAUAUCCAGAUGCAAUGGCAAAAGUCUACCAAGAACUGAAUGAAGUUGUCGGACAAAACGAAAUCGUCGAAGAAUCUCAUUUGCCCAAAUUAAAUUACCUGGAAGCUGUCAUCAAGGAGACGCUUCGGCUCCAUCCAGCACUGCCGUUCCUAGUGCCACGCUGCCCUAGCCAAACGUGCGAGCUAGGCGGGUACACCAUCCCCAAGGGCACAAUCGUCUAUCUGAAUGCCUAUGCCAUCCACACCGACCCACAACUCUGGGAAGACCCUCUGGAGUUCAAACCUGACAGGUUCCUGGAGGACGACACGAAGUUUGAUUUCCAAGGAAACAACUUUCAGUUCCUUCCGUUCGGAUCUGGGAGGAGGGUAUGCCCUGCACAACGUCUUGCAGUGAACACGAUAAAAUACGAGCUGGCUACGCUCUUGCAUUCGUUCGACUGGAAGUUGCCGCCAGAGACGGAGCUGGAAUUGUCGGACAAAUUUGGCUUUGUGAUCAAGAAGAUGAACCCUUUGGUCCUCGUUCCUACUCCCAGGCUUUCGAAUUUAGAGCUGUACUAAAAGAGAAGAGGGUCAAGAUGUGGGUUGUAAGUUACGAGCUCGCUCGAUGCACAAUUUGUCUUAUUUCAAGUCUUAUGCAGUUGUAUUUUAUGAUGAGAACUUUAUUACGCUAUAAAGUAUUGGUGCUUUAAUGUACAAAUUAAAGUUAUAUCAUAAUGCUAAAUGUAGUUGUACCAUAACGUUAAAUGUAUAAGUUAAAGUUGUACAAUAAAGGAAUUUGUACCCUUAUAUUAUGGUACAACUUUAUAACUUAAAGUUGCAUCAUCACAUGAAGGUACAAGUUUAAGUUGUACCAUAAAAGAAUUUGUACAAAAUAGUAUAGGUACAAUCUGAAGUUGUACCAUAACAUUAAAUGUACAACUUCAAGUUGUACUAUAAAGGCAAAAAGCUAUA